GUGUUAACAUCUCCGAACAGUGUUUUGAAAAACUUAAAACAUUUAGAAUAUUUAGAAAAAAAAAAUAAAUAUCAUACCUGCAUCGUGCAAAAUUACAUACAAAUUACCAACUUAAAAACUAUUUUGAUACCCGCUGUGCCCAUUGCAAUGCCCAAAACGUGAUCAUGCAGCUUUAUGAGUAUUUAUUGCUAUUGAUGAUGUUAAUCGUUUUUCUACAACGAAAAUGUUGGCGCCUUGUAUGGCAAGUAAACGGAUGGCGUGGCAUUAUCCAGCAACCGAUAUUAUGGAUACUAUUGAUUUGUAAUAUUGAUCCAAAAAAUAUUAUGUCCAGUAUUCAUCGAUAUGGUCGAUUCAUGGAAGUUCCCCUGGCCAUUGUACUCUUCGAUCGAAUUCUUUUAUACAUGGACGAUCCAGUAUCUAUAGAAGGUGUUCUCACGUCCCCUGAAUGUCUAAACAAGUCUUUUCUGCACAAUGGUUUCUAUGCAAAUAAGGGUAUUUUGCAUGCCAAAGAUGAAAAAUGGAAAAUCCGACGUAAACAAUUAAAUCCCGCAUUCAGUCAUAACCUACUUUUUAAUUUCUUCAGCGAUUUCAAUCGGGUUGGAAAUGAACUGAGUAUAAAAAUGAAAAUGGAACUGAAACAAAAUCAUAUUUCAUUUGAUAAUUUGGCAGAUUUAGUUAAUCGAGCGGUUUUAGAAGCAUCGUGUUUGACCAUAAUGGGUGUAUCAACACGUUUCACACAAAACGAUGAUAAACGCAUUGCAGGAGCAUAUCGCUAUUUAAUGGAUCUUACAGCACUGAAAAUGUUAAAACCUUGGUAUCAAAUCGACUCGAUAUUUCGGCUUUUGGAUAGGCAGAAGUACGACGUUACUAUGAAAACUGGUAAAUUAGUAGAUGAAUUUGCUACAAAUAUUGUUCGCGAAAAGUAUUCUGAAUGGCAGAAGAAGCGGCAAGAGAAUUCCGAUUCUUACGAAAAUAUAGAACAAAAUAAUGAAAAACAUAUUUUCAUUGAACAACUAUUUCACUUGGCCGAUCAAAACAAAAUAAGCUCGCAAGAGAUUAUGGACGAAGCUCAAUCAAUGGUAGUUGUGUCAUUUGAAACUGCAUCAACAUGUGUCAUUAACGCAUUACUACUCUUGGCCAUGUAUCCCAAAUAUCAGGAUAAAUUACGUCAGGAAAUUAAUGAAAUAUUGUCACUCGAUAAAUCUUCAACAAAUUGCAGUGAAAUAAAUACUACGGCAAAUAAUGAACACAACACUAUCACUACCGUCCAUCUACAAACAAUGCCUUACAUGGAUAUGAUUUUAAAAGAAUCCCUACGCCUACUGACCACUGUUCCGAUUAUUUUGCGAAAUGUUGAUAAAAGUUUUCCACUGAAAAUUAAAAAUGGAAAAUACAAAACGAAACUUGUAGAAGUGCCGAAGAACACAAUAAUAGCCGGUGAUAUAUUUAACAUGCAUCGUAGUGCAGAUGUUUGGGGGCCAAAGUCUCUUGAUUUUUAUCCCGAACAUUUUGCAAAGGAUUCAAAUGUUGAAAGUAUGCAAAGUGAAUUGAAGCGACAUCCAUACUCGUAUAUACCGUUCUUGAAAGGUAUACGUACGUGUAUUGGUAAGUUGAAAGGAAGCCGCUAUAGCAUGUACUUGGCUAAAGUUCUGUUGAUCAAAUUAAUUGGAUCGCUAAAUUUCUGUACAUCCACCCAACUACAUGAGUUAGAAUUUUGCGAAGGCGUCUCCUUAAAGUAUCGGAAUUCGAAAGAUAUAUUCUUUCAAGUAACUUCAACGGCUAAUGCUCAGAAAUAGAAUAUUUUCUCGCAUUUUUAUUACUUCGACAUUAAUAUCUAGUCUGUUCCAGACCUGUAAGAAUUUAAACAUUUUUACUACUAUUUAAACAUUUUUACUACCCUUUUGCAAAACUAGUAGAUAUUAGCUGGACCUGGAACAAAACAAUCAAUAUAAUACCCAUUUUAACUGUAAAACUAGUAGAAAAAAAGUUUUUUUU